AUUGUGGAUCCCGAGGGGAACAGAUAAAACUAACGGAGGGGUUCCCUUACAAAUCCGAAACUACUACUUAACUAUAAAGCAGCCACGGACCCCUCGUUGUCAAGAUAUAUUGUCGUCUUGAUUCAGCUCGAGACCACGGUUCUGCAGAUACUAGACCAAGGAUAUCUUUUGAGACUCAACAUACUUGCAAAAUGGUGAAGGUCCUCUUAACCGGCGGCAGUGGCUACAUAGCUGCGCACGUAAUUCAGGUCCUACUUGACCAUGGAUUCGAUACGGUGGUGACUGUUCGGUCCGAAGAGAAGGGCAGGCGGAUCCUCGACAACCAUCCCAACGUUCCGAAGGAGAAGCUGUCAUAUGUGAUUGUUGAGGAUGUUGCGAAGGAAGGCGCAUUUGACGAGGCCGUCAAAUCAGACCCUCCCUUCGAUUACGUCCUCCAUACCGCGUCACCUUUCCACUUCAAUGUCCAGGAUCCCGAGAAGGACUUCCUCAACCCUGCCAUUAAGGGAACUACCGGUAUCCUGAAGGCCAUCAAGGCUUAUGCACCGACUGUCAAGAGAGUUGUCGUCACCUCAUCGUUCGCCGCGAUUGUGAACCCUCAACAACAUCCCAAAGUAUACAAUGAGACGUUCUGGAACCCGAUUACGUGGGAAGAGGGAUUGCAGCCAAGCAACGUCUACCGCGCUAGUAAAACUUUUGCGGAGAAGGCUGCUUGGGAGUUCGUUGAGAAGGAAAAGCCCAACUUCGAUUUGGCGACGAUCAACCCGCCCUUGGUAUUUGGACCUAUCGUUCAUUACCUCAACUCGCUCGAUGCGGUGAACACUUCCAACGCUCGUGUGAGAGAUCUGAUCCAGGGCAAGUCCAAGGAAAAGCUGCCGCCCACCGGUACAUUCCUCUGGGUAGACGUCCGCGAUGUUGCCCUUGCUCAUGUCCGAGCCAUUGAGGUCGCAGAGGCUGGUGGCCAGAGGUUCUUCGUCGUCGCUGGCCAGUUUUCGAACAAGCGAAUUGCCGAUAUUAUCCACGAGACUCAUCCCGAGCUAGAUGAUAAGUUGCCUCCAAAGGACACAGCGGAUGACUUCAACCCCGACAACUACCAGGCCGACAACUCCAAGUCCGUUAAGGUCCUGGGUUUGAAAUACCGUGAUCUGAAGGAGUCCAUCUCGGACACUGUGAAGUCCCUGCUGGCAGUUGGCGCUUAGAUCUGUAGAGCACGCGGGAAUCUGUGCAUGGCAGCGGCUGUUUUUCUACGAGUAUAAUAUAUAUAGACAUCAUGAAUAUGUGUUAAUUUUUAAAUAUGAAGCGCGUCCCUCCAUAUUUCUAGCCACCACAGUCGAACUCAAGAGCUUCCGAUAGAUGGGUCUGACUAGCGUGUGGUGUUUCUAUGGAGUCCCGUAGUGCGCACCUCGUCC